CUUUUAUCCUCUUCAGUUAGGACGCAUUCAUCAUACAAAUGUUCCACAUCAUAUAUACGCAAAUGCUUCGGUAGAAAUCCUACUUAUACCCAUCCACUGAAACAAUUACCAAUUUCAAAACUUUUGGCUUCAAUUUGGUCUUUUUAUUUUUUUUCUUAUUUAUUGUAACAAAAAAGCUGAAGAAAGUAUUUCAGUAAAAUAUUCAGUAUCGUAAUGUCAUCGCCUCAGAAGGGAAAUCUUUUGACUCGUGUUAAGCGUAUUAUACCACCUUUGUCUGGAUCAGCGCAUAAGGGACAAGCUGGUCGAGUAGGUAUUUUUGGAGGAUGUCAACAUUAUACGGGAGCACCUUACUAUUCUUCUAUGAGCUCUAUGCUCUUUGGCACCGACCAAAGCCAUAUCUUCUGUGAAAAAAAUGCCGCAAACGUGAUAAAAAGCUAUUCUCCUGACCUAAUUGUACAUCCUUUCUUGCGGGAAAAGGAAAAUAAAAACCCUGGUGACUCUAUUGAUGGUAUAAUGGAACUUGUUAAACCUAUGAUGGAACGAUUGCAUGCGAUCGUUAUCGGCCCUGGCUUGGGUCGUGAUGAAUGGAUGCUAGAGACCGUUGCUAAAGUUAUUCAGUAUGCUCGGGAAAAGGAAAUGCCUAUGGUAAUUGAUGCAGAUGGUCUCUUCUUAGUGCAACAGCGCCCUGAGCUUGUGAGCGGAUACCAUAAUGUGGUAUUGACACCUAAUGUUGUGGAGUUUAAGCGUCUUUGUGAUAAAGUAGGUGUUCAGAGUGAAGGUCCUGAUGCUUGCCAAAAUUUGGCGAAAAAAUUAAAUCUUUUGAUUGUCCAAAAAGGUAAAGAAGAUAUAAUUUCUGAUGGGGGUACGAUUUAUGCUUGCUCUGUUCCUGGAGGAUUAAAGCGAUGUGGUGGUCAAGGUGAUAUCCUUACUGGGAUUCUCGUUACUUUCCUUGCUUGGCGGAAGGCUUACUUGAAUAAGCAAUGGGAUAUUGAAGGCGACAUGGAUGCUAAGGAAUGUUUGUUUUUAGCAGCAUACGGAGCUUGUGCCACCACUAGAUGGUGUAGCCGUGUAUCAUUCAAAGAAUGCGGAAGGGCAACACAAUCAAGUGACUUAGUUCGCCAUGUUGGUCAAGUUUACAAUGCUCUAGUGGAUGAUGAAAUUCCAUCAAGUGAACAGCCAAUUAAGGAGUAAAUUCAAACGAUUAAUGAGCAUAGCUAGAACCUGAGGGCUACGAUCUUUAGAUACUUAUGUAAUUUUUCUUUUGUGUUCUAAAACUUUACUUAAAAAUAAAUAUUUUAUCUAUGCAUCCAUCA